CCAAUGUACACGUCGGCGAGCCGGAUGUCAAAGAUGGCUGCGCUGCCGAGUUAAGGGAUAGUUUCCUUCGGAGCCGGGAGACAGCGGACAGCAGCCGGGCAGAGCUGGGCUGCAGGAUAAUAUCUGCAGUUUUUUUUAAUUCAAGAAAAAAUUGGGGACACUACAGCAAGUAGAAGAAAAACAUGCAGCCACCUCCUCCGGCUGGCCCUUCGGGGAUGGGUGGACCUCCUCGCAUGGGAAUGACCACUAAUGCAUCCUGGCGUAAAAGAACUCCUACUCCAACAGCAAUGGCAGCCCCUCCAGUACAGCCGGUCACUGACCCCUUUGCAUUUAGCAGAGUGACUCCUCAAAGUUUUGCACCAGGGAAUGCACCAAAGUCAAAUAUGUUGGCAAUGCCCAGUUCAUCUCCCUCACUGCUCCCCCGGCCUGGCCCCCCCAUAGCUGCUGAUGAUAAAUCCCUGGCUGGUGAUCAAGCAUACAUACCAAGUUCUACUCCCCAACCUGGUGCAGGAGCAGCCGUGCACAGCAGUGUGUCUUCUCCGUUGUUACCUAGUGGGCAUUUUCCGAACAGCAUGGCUUCAGUACCUACCAUGCCACUGGGUUUGGCCCGUUCUGCUCCUGCAUCUCUUCGUAAUGUUACAGGAGGACUGGAAAAUCCAUCAAUGCCAAGUCAGGGAAGAUCUCAAAGUAGGCAAAAUGUAAAUACAGACGUGGGUAAUGGAAGCAAUGUUUCGGCACCAUUACAGUCGUAUCCUCCCUCAUCUUCUCAUCAAACUACGGCACCUUGGGGAUCCACUCAGGUUGCGCCACCUACCUCCAGUCAGAAUUUCCCUCCAGCUGCUCAGCACGUCGCUUACAAUGCACCCUAUUAUUCCCCUCCAUAUUUAGAAGUUUCCCACCUGCCACCCCAAUCCAGUGAUCAAACCUAUUUAUCAGCCCCACAAAGGACUGCUCCAGCGCCUUUCCCACUUACUGGUGGUUCCAAUCACAUCCAACAGCAAAAUCCUUCUCAGUUCAAUAACAGCAUCCCAAUGGAUUAUAUGCAAAACCAGAAUAUUGAACAUAACAGCUGGUUUAGUCAGGCCUCUCAAGAGCCACAGCAAAACCCACCAUUAACCAGUUCUACCAUUUUUCCUCCUGGAGCUCCAUUACCGAUGCCUGAAAAUAAGCCCCAAAGUGAAUCUGCGAAAAUUCCAGGCAGUGAAGUUAAUUCAGGAACAGUAUCAACUUUUUUUAAAGGGGAAGAUGCAGAAAAUGUUGAAAUCCUCUCAACUGAACAGCAGAAAAAUGCUAGUUUACAUGCAAGUCAUGUUCCCUAUCAAAAUACUGGGUACUCAGCAAUAUCUUCUGCACAAGCUCAGUCAGCUGUUUCAAACCCCCAGACUAUUACAUCGCCAUUUCAUCCUGCAGUUACAAAUACUCCGUUAUUAGUAUCUGAUAAUUCCAGUGGUUUUCAAGAUCCACAUGGACUUUGGAGAGUAGACAGCAACGAUAACCAACCCACAGAAGCCAAAGGUGGGUCUGAUCAGCCCUAUGAAAAUGUGGAAAAUGUUGAGUGUGUUCAAAACCUUGAAGUUUUACCGAAUGAACCUCUCAACAUUUUUCCAACUACUUUAAAUUCAGUUGGGUUUAGGUAUGGAUCAGUACCUGUUGCAACUCUUCCCAAGAAUGUCCCCAGCCACACUGAAGGAGGUCCAAACUUGGAGGCCCCUGAAGGGUUGUCGCAUCCUGUUCGUUCUGAUAGCGUAUCUUCAAACUACAGCAAUUUAAGUCACCGAAGUCUUCCCAUUUCCACAAGACCUCAGGAAUUGGUAGGCACCUUUAUUCAGAAGGAAAGUGGAAAACUUGAGAAUGAAAGCACCAUCCGUUUAUUUAACCAAAUUGAUUCUUCCCAGUUGGGUAAAGACUCAAAUAUACAAGCCAUGGGGCAGAAAGCUUUCCAUGGUAAUUUGUCUCAGCCACCAACCCCAAGUCCACCAAAACCUACUGGCAUAUUUCAAGCCAGUGUAAACAGUUCUUUUGAACCUGUCCGUUCAUUCGUAAAACCAGUUGAUAUAGACCAGUCAAAGGUAGUUGGUGACGUUCCAGACGCCAACAAACAUGUAUCAAACACUUCCAACAAUGCCAUGCCAGCAGCUUCUCCAGGAAACUUAGAGCAGCCUCCUGAUAAUUUGGAAAGUAUUUUUACAAGCAAUGCUAAUGCUGAGGUUUUUAACGUAACCAGCGGAAAUGCUUUUGGAGUUCCAUCCUUUGAUAACCUGUUACUGGAUAAACGUCCUUCGUCAAGAGCUCAUGGGUCAAAUAAAAAGUGUGAAAGCCCUGCAACUACUUUGUGGGCUCAAGGAGAACUGCCCAAUUUUGGAGGCAACGUCCUACUGGCUCCACCAGCUCCUGCUGUUUAUGUUCCUCCCAAACCUCAAAAUGAAGUGAUACAGCCUCCAGAAGACGUGGCUUUGGAUACACAAAACAGCAGGCCUGACCCAGCACAGUUUCUGACAAUGCCAGAGGAGAACACCUCCUCAGAAAAUCUUGAGAACCCUCCAAAAAUAGGAGACGACGAACAUCCUCCAUCACAGGUUACUAAAGAUGUCCAACAGCAGCCCACCCUAGGGACUUUGCAGUCUGGACCAGGGCCUUCUCACGAGUACAUGACUCCUGUUUCUCAGGCUCCACCCGGAGCUCCUCCAGGGCAGGUACCUCCUGGGUCUAUGUCUGCGACUUAUCCUCCACAGCCGGAACUUCCGGUACCAAGUGUUCAGCAUCCUACAGAUCUACGGUACAGCGGCAGUUCAGAGCCAGGACCUAAAUAUGAAUCUUCCGAGCAGCCACUUCACCCUCCUGUGUCAACCUCUGCUACACCAGCAAACCCAAGCUACCCUGUAGGGUACCCAGAACAGUCAAGACCACCUGCAUCUGAAAUGCCACAGCAAGCAGAUCCUUAUUACUACUACAGAGGGUAUGGUACAUACCCAUCAGCUUACCCACAGCCGUAUCCACCUGUGGAUCCUCGAGCCUCUCAUCUUUACUAUCAGGACUCCUAUGGAGCUUAUGAUCCAGCCUACAGACAAUAUGCUAAUAGUGGAAUUGUGAACCCUGGAAAGUACCCAUACCAAGAACCGGAGCGACCUAGCUCAAGAUCUAGCCACUGCUCAGAUCGACCAUCAUCAAG